AUAGUGAGCGUCUGUUUAUCUCUGUUGCACCAGUCUCCAUUGGAACUACCUUCAAUAUGUAUUUACCCCAGUUCUCCAACAUUGAUAAAUACUAUUCACCCCAUUGAUCACCCACGUAACCCACACAAACUCCGCAGUGUCGAUUCACGUUGAUUUAAUCAAAGUCCCGGUUGUCCCGUCAAGAUCAUCUGACAGCCACUGGAUUGAACGAACGGAUUGGAAGUAAAAUUCAACAAUGCUGUCGUCGUUCCGCCUACUUCUUCUCCGGAACCCCUCAAGUUCCUACCGUUCACUAAGUCUCCUGAAAAACCAAGCCUACGUCGACGGUAAAUGGGUGCCAUCAACGUCCUGCGAAACCUUCGCAGUGCACAACCCAGUGGACAAUGCCAUCAUCACUCAGGUCCCCGACAUGACAAUCGAGGAUACUGCACUUGCUAUAACCUCUGCAAAAAGCGCCUUUCAUUCGUUCCGGAAGACAACAGCCAAAGAACGAAGUGAUCUACUUCGGUGUUGGUACAACCUGAUGGUUCAGCACUCCGAGGAACUCGCGGAGAUUCUCACAAAAGAAAACGGCAAGAGUUUGGCUGAAUCCCGAGCCGAAAUAAAAUACGGAAAUUCAUUUGUCGAGUGGUUCUCCGAAGAAUCUCGUCGCAUAAACGGAGAGAUUCUUCAAGCGCCUUUGCGAAAUCGAAAAUUGAUGAUUCUCAAGCAACCGAUCGGUGUUGCAGCCUUAAUUACCCCCUGGAAUUUUCCCCAUGCGAUGAUCACGAGAAAAGCUGGGGCUGCAAUUGCUGCAGGUUGCACAUGUAUCAUAAAACCAUCAGAAGACACACCCUUGACAGCCCUGGCACUUGCUAAACUCGCUGAAGACGCUGGUUUUCCUGCAGGAGUCAUCAACGUCAUCACUACGAGUCUGAAGAACUCAGCCACUGUUGGGAAACUCCUCUGUGAAUCUCCAGAUGUUCGAGCUCUCUCUUUCACUGGAUCAACUCCAGUAGGAAAAAUUUUGUAUGAACAAUGUGCAUCAACGGUGAAGAGAAUAAGUCUAGAACUGGGGGGAAAUGCUCCGUUCAUCAUCUUCGAGAAAUCCAACGUCGAUCUAGCCGUUACUGGAGCUAUGGCCUGCAAAUUUCGAAACACUGGACAGACUUGUGUCUCAGCAAACAGAUUCUAUGUUCAUAACAAAAAGUUUGAUGAAUUUAUUGAUAAAUUCAUGGAAAGGAUUUCUAAGGACAUUAAAAUGGGGGAUGGAAGCAGGGAAGGGGUUACACAUGGACCUCUGAUCAAAUCUAGUCAGGUCGACACAGUUGAGAAACUGGUGAAUGAUGCUGUGAAGAAGGGAGCGAAGCUGCAUUGCGGGGGAAAACGAUUGGAAGAUCUUGGACCAUUAUUCUUUGCUCCAACUAUUUUGACUGAUGUUGAUGAGACUAUGGAGAUAUGUGGAAAAGAGAUUUUUGGGCCAGUUGCUGUGAUUCACAGGUUUGAUGACGAGGAUGAAGUUGUGAGGAUGGCGAAUAGUGUUCCAGUUGGAUUGGCUGGGUAUUUCUACUCGGAAGAUUUAUCACAGAUUUUCCGGGUCGCUGGAAAGCUGGAGGUCGGGAUGAUCGGAGUCAAUGAAGGCCUUAUUUCGUGCGCUGAGGCUGCCUUCGGGGGGGUCAAAGAGUCGGGCAUUGGGAGGGAGGGAUCGUCACAUGGAGUAGAAGAUUUUCUUGAUAUCAAGUAUCUUUGCAUUGGAAAUAUACAGUACUGAGUAUUUUUUAUUAAUUUAUGUUUAAGCAAUGAAGCGAUAAAACAUGACAGUUCAGUACUUUCCUGCUCUAUUCGCGAUAAUUUUCCAAAUAUUUGAUCAGAAAUAACUACGAAAAUACUACGAUAAGAAACUGGUCUUUCGACAUUUUUUCUCAAUUCAACUCAUUAUAGAGACAGUUAAAUAAUGAAUGAAGUGCGAGAUAUUUGUUUAUUAUGUUUUAUCGCUUGGUUGUGUUGUUAAUUAUAAGAAUCCGUUUUCAUGUGAGAUAUUGAACGAUGUACAACUAUAAAUGUGAUAAGAGCCUCAGUCUUCCAGUAGAUUUAAGGAAAAAUAUUUAAUCAAGAAUAAUCAUAAUAGUCAUUUGUUUAUUGAUUAUAAACAAAAUAAAAUAAAAAUUGACGGAUGUAACAUAAAUACUGGAGUUAGUCAAUACGAUAAAAAUAUUGUAGAAAAUUCAUUAUUAUUUCUCACAUUGGGCAUUCUCAUUUAUCUUGACUUAUUCUUUAUCACACAAACAAUUCCAAUUCAAGUACAAUUAAUUAAUGUAAUAUUAAUUAGAUAAAUUAAUGCUGGAUUAAAUCAAUCAUCGAAGGAAUAAAGCAUUAGUUUAGUGAUUGCAGUAUAACAAAUUGAAUUGUAGACACAUUAUGGUUGAGAUAAAUUUACGUUGCUGCUGCUGCAAAAUUGUUAAAAAAUUUUGGCAGUAUGUUAAUUCAAUGGGAAAAAAUAAUACUUGUUCAACAGGAAGAA